AAUAUAUCAAGUGCUCCUGUUUUGUAUGAAUUAUUUGUACCAUGAAAUUUGCCCGACAUUGGACUAUUCUCUUCUUUUUUAUGGAAGGAAUAUGGAAAAUUACUUAUGCGGCUGAUUUCCAUACACUUGAGCUAGAUUACUUAGCGAGGAAGCUUCAUCCAGCUGAGUGCAAGAAACUUUUAGAGAAAAUGUAUUUAAAAAACCUUUCCUCUUCAUUAAAACAAGAAAAAGGAAAUUCACAGUUUCAAAAUACCUCAGAGUAUUGCAAAAUUAAAUUGGAAGAAUGGAAUCGAACUAUCCCAGAGAAUGAAAAUGAACUCGCCCGAAUAAAUCUGGAAGUAGGUCUCCGCUGCCUUCACCGACCUGACCUUGCGAAUUAUAUCACACGGAAUAGACGAUUCGUGGAUAUUCUGAGCAACCUUACUCACCCACAAAUUUACAAAAGAGAAUCGAAAUACCUCGUGAGAAGAGCGUCUCUGAUAGGUUCAGAGAAAAGAAAGAAGAUCUGAAAAACGACCUCAUGCCACAGUCGACAAUUCCUUCCGAACUCUUUGGAUAGCUUUCGGAAUUUUUAUUCUCUUCAUUAUGGCCAUGAUUUCAGUCGCCGCGUUGAUAUCUGCAUAUAAAAAUCGAUUUCAUUUAUCAGGGAAGUCGGUAAAGGAAUCGAAAACAUGUGAUGAUCGUUGCCCCCUAACUGAUCAUUUCCAAAGACAAUCAGAUAUUGAAUAUGGUUGGACAACUAACAGCACUGACUACAUGGGCACAAAAUUGGGAAAAGAGUCAUUAGUUAUUUCUUCACGUUCCCCAUCAUUUAUUUGCAUGAGAGAGAAAAAAAGAGCACGUAAAAUUAAGCGUCAGCGGGAUAAACAGCAGCAGACAACUCGAUUAGAAAAGCCACAUAAAAAUAAGGAAGGCAGGGGGAAAAAAAAGAAGAAAGUGAGCAAAGAAAGAGGAAGAAAUGAAUUUAGUCUUCGAGAGAGGAUUGCCAAUAUUUUAAGGAAAGACAAACCGAACUGCCAUUGUUGUAAAUGCACAUUGAAUGAAGAUUAUGGAGGAAAUAACCAAGUGUGCCCUGAUCAACACUGCAGAGAACGUAGAAUUGUGAAUUUAACCGAUCUCUGUUCCAGCACUUCUGAAAAAGGUUCUCAGAAGCUAAUUAAAUCUUCAAAAUGUAGAGAGAGGAAAGAAUCAAUCCGUGGUACCGAUUCAAAAGAUCAUCGAAGAACUUCUUCAGAAAGUUCACCGGGAGAAAGAAAAGAAUCUCGUUUCAAAGAAACAUUUGCUAGGAUCAGAGAAAGGUCUCCCAGAUGGUCUCUCGACAAUUCCCAUCUGAUAGAGCCUUGCACAAGACUUACUUGCGAAGGCAAAAGGUCUCCUCGAGACAGAAACUCAGUAGAUUUCGACGAUGCAUUUCAAAACAAUUACCAAUUUCAGAAAUUGACGAAGGCAAAACAAUAAUAAUAAAUGGGCGAAAAAUAACAAAAACUUAUAAAGGAUGGAUCGAUGUCGAUUGGUUGAUCCUGAGAACUUAUGUGUAAUUUAAUGGUUAUUACCAUUACUUUCCAUUACUUUGUUUAUGUCAUUGCAGCCGACCAAUUUUUCGAAGAGAAAGCACGCUCGAGAAAGCUUUGAAAGAUAGACUGUUAGAGUGAUUGGAUCAUUGUGAAUGACUAGACUUGGAUUUUUUUUUUACAAAAAGUAGCCUCUAAGAACUAGCUUGACUGCAAUUAGUUACGUUUCAUGAAGCCCAGAAGGGGAUGGAUCAUAUUGUGUGGGAGCAAACCCUGAAGUAUACUAUGCUGGGUUACAC